AUGAAAACACAAAAAUAAUGUGCAUUGUCUCUUGAAGCAAUAUAUAAUUGAAAUUGUUUCUAUUUAAAGAAAUAACUGUGUGUAUGAAGACAUCAUGCUUGUGUGUGUGUGUGUUUCUGUGAAGUCAGAGGGUCACAGAAGUAUAAAUAUCAGAGAUCAUAGAGCAUCAUCACAAUAAAACUCAAGAGACUCUUAAGGAAACCUGAGAACAAAACUAAAGAAAACAUCACACCAUUAAAGAUGGGUUCAAAUGUCCUCACCGGUCAUAUACUGCUGACUGCAGCCUUUCUGCUGAGCGCAUUUGCUCCAACUCUCUCUGUGAACCGAGGUGGAGAGUGCACGUUCAACACCAAAGGCACCUGUGAAUAUCAAGGCCAGGUCUUCGGCAUUGGUGAGAGUUGGAUUACUAAUGACUGCUACCAGUGCGUGUGUAUGGAGCCCUUCGGCGUGGGCUGCUGCGAUUACAACUCCCAACCAGUAGAUUAUCCUGACUGGUGUGAGGUCAUCAGAAAGCCCGACUCCUGCACCAGUGUGGCUGUGAUGAGAGCCAAUCACAAACUCCCUUGUCUUUAUGGGAAGUGGGGCAGGAUGCGACCUGAUACAUGGAAGUCUGACAAUGAAUUAAUGUUCUAGAAAGAAUUUUAAAGGGUUAGUUCACCCAAAAAAGAACAUUCUGUCAUUUAUUACUUACCCUCAUGCUGUUCCACACCCGUAAAACCUUCGUUCAUCUUCAGAACACAAAUUAAGAUCUUUUAGUUUAAAUCCGAUUAAAUCCGAUUUCAAAACACUGCUUCAGGAAGCUUCGGAGCAUAAUGAAUCAGUAUAUCGAAUCAUGAUUCAGAUCGCGUGUCAAACUGCCAAUGGCUGAAAUCACGUGACUUUGGCUCUCCGAACAGAAGAUUCGAUUCGAUUCAUUUAUGAUCCGAUGCUUCUUGAAGCAGUGUUUUGAAAUCGGCCAUCACUAAAUAAGUCAUUAUUUUGUUUUUAUUUUGGCUCUCCAAAAAUAUUCUCGUCGCUUUAUGAUA